GGGACCGUAGGGCAGUUGCGACUUCAUCGGGAGUAAUCUGUGUUGAAACCAUGGCGCUGUUCUGUGGCGGGUUUAGUCGGAAUGGAUGAUGCAAGUAUGGACAUAAUAGCCUAUGAUGAUUACUCCGGUCCACCGCUUCAGAGAUAUUGAAAGGAAACCUGAAUACCUCCAGCCAGAAAAGUGUGUUCCACCUCCUAGCCACGCUUCCCUGGGAACAAUGUGGUUUAUUCGAGAUGGCUGUGGUAUUGCAUGUGCUGUCGUUACCUGGAUGCUGGUGUUCUAUGCCGACUUUGUAGUCCUUCUUGUCAUGCUAGUUCCAUCGAGAGAUUAUGUUUAUAGUGUCAUCAAUGGCACACUGUUCAACACCUUGGCUUUCCUCGCUUUGGCUUCACAUUUUCGUGCUAUGCUGACAGAUCCAGGUGCUGUACCCAAAGGUAAUGCCACAAAGGAGUUCAUUGAGAGUUUACAGCUAAAGCCAGGACAGGUGGUUUACAAGUGCCCAAAGUGUUGUAGCAUCAAACCUGACAGAGCACAUCACUGCAGUGUUUGCAAGAGGUGUAUUCGGAAAAUGGACCAUCACUGCCCGUGGGUCAAUAACUGUGUAGGAGAGAAUAACCAGAAGUACUUUGUACUGUUUACAAUGUAUAUAGCACUGAUUUCCCUGCAUGCUCUAAUCAUGGUGGGAUUUCACUUCUUGUAUUGCUUUGAAGAAGACUGGACAAAAUGCAGUUCCUUCUCUCCACCAACUACAGUGAUUCUUCUCAUCCUCUUGUGUUUUGAGGCUCUCCUAUUUCUCAUCUUCACCUCGGUUAUGUUUGGGACCCAAGUACACUCCAUCUGCACUGAUGAAACGGGUAUUGAGCGUCUUAAAAAUCAGAAGCCAACCUGGGAGAAGAUCAGCGGCUGGGAAGGAAUGAAGCUGGCAUUUGGUGGUGCCUUCUCCUUGGGUUGGUUCAACCCUUUUUCAAACCUGAACUGCGAGAGCCCAGUGCCGGCCGAAGCGGUGGCAGCAGCUCCUGCGUCUGCAAUAAUGACCCAAGAAGAAAUCGAGCAGUUUCUCGCUCAAGACAUUGCCGUCCAAGUGUUACAUGAAUAAGCAAAGCAUCCUCUACAAUGUCAGGAGGUUUUCAGUUUUUUUUUUUUAAUAACUCCUUGUGCUGGAGAUGUAAGGGUCUUUUUUUUAACAUACUUUUGGUGCAUUAAAAAAUUCAGGAGUAUUUGUCUGGAAGCCAGGUACAGCACUAGCAGAAGCAAUGCAAAUCUCCAGAGAAAGCUUUAUAAGUGAUGAGAUUCAUAAGCUCCUUUUUGGACCUGCAUCAACUGCCUUAUUGAGUUUUUCUUACUUGGCCUUUAAGGAAAGUUUAUAGUGGUUGGAUAGAUUCGUCCCAGCUCCCAGAAAUGUGCAGUCCUAAGGAGUCUGGUUAAUCUUUUGUUCUUGCAGCCUUUUGGAGGGCUGAAUGAUUAAGCCCUGCGCGAGGGCCAGAUUAGCCCAGCUCUAAAGGUUUUCUUGAAAAACGCAUCCUUUUUAGCUCAUCCUGUGGAUGCUGCCUCUGGAUUAUGAAAGCUGCUGGUGCUCAGGUCUUAGCAGAGAUGGGAUACGGGGCGAUGGCUGCAGCAGAUGGGUGAGCUCUCCCUGGGUGUAAUUCCUUUGGGCUCCGAAAUAUCUCCAGGGGUAAAUUUUAACCCUCUGUGCUCGUGGGGCUGCCCAAGACAGGUGGCGCUUGCCUGAGCGGCGUCGGAGCUGACGGGCUGGUGGUGGUGCCGGGCCGGCAGGAGCGUUUGCCCGUGGCCAGUACAGCCGAGAGCAGGCAAAUAUUGGCCGGGUUGUCGAGCUGCUGGUGGGGAGAAGCUUUCGCCCUGGGGCUGCGCUUUGUUAGCACGUAGGACAUGUGGAGCGGGAGCUGCCUGGCUGAACUCUGCAGCCCAGAAAGCAGUCAGCUUGUCUAGGCCAGGCACCGGGGCUCUUUCUGCAGUCAAAGAGAGGGAGACCUGAGCACCCUGCUGAUGGAGGUACUGGCUCUCUCAGUUUGACUUGUCUAAUUUAGAUAUGUCUCUUUUUUUUCUUUUCUUGGUAGCUAGAGUGAGUUGAGAAUGAGUAUUGCCUCUUAAUCUUACUGGGGUUUAAUGUUGUCCUAUUAGUACUUGCCAUUAUGCAGGGUUUCCUUACACUAAUUUUGCAGCCAGCUCCUGGGGAACGUUGGUGAACCCGUAGAAGGAACAUGCAUCGCUCAAGGAAGGCGUCACUGCAGGUGGCAAUAGUUGCAGUAAAAUCAUGCAGAGGUGACGCUAGCUGCUGCAUUCAAAUAUGCUACAAACACUUGGCAUGCUCCAGAUGUCAGUGUAGUUUUAAUUUAGACUGUUUUUCAAUUGUGGGUUUUUUUUUUUCCUGUUGUCUCCCUUAGCUUAAUUGUCAGUAAAUUUUGCAGGAUAUGAGAAACAUGCUCCUGGUUUUCCCCCCACAGGACAUACUUGACUUUAUCUCCCCCUUCCCUGUAACACAGACCAAAGAUAAUUGCUUUCUCUCGAAAGUGAGAGAAAGGAGUUUUGGGGAUGAAAGCAUGGUAUUGUGAAAGAUCUAUAUGAAGUUUUUAUUUUUUAUAGAAGCAAUACCAAAUGGAAUUUGUGCAAGAUUUUUUUCUUUUUUCCCCCCAAAAAAGCAUCUUAAUAUGUAUUAAUGGUGUGACAUUCAGGGCUACUGUGGAGGGGUGAGAUUCUCUCCUGGACUUGUCCUCUGCCACAGCAGUCCCUUUUCCUGGCAAAGGGACUGGGAACAAACGGAGUACCAUGACUAUUAGGAGCACAGCUUGGCUAAAACCCAGGGGGUAUUUCCAAACAGUUGUCCCAUCCCCUAUCCCCUCUGGAUGUCUCCUCUUUGUCAAUGAAAAAUGGAUUUAGAAAAAAUCAUUAGGAACUGUGUAUUUAUAAAAACCCUUUUAGGUAAAGGGAAACACCCUGCAUUUAGGGCGAAUUGAGGUAUCCUCUCAUGUCAUUUAGACAUGGGGUCUUGAAUGUCUUUGCCCUGUGCAGCAGUGUGAUAGUGAGGGAAGAAGCUCUCCUACUUCUGCACCAGCCUAUGUUCCUUUCUGUCAGCGUCCCACAGGAAAGGGACAUCGGGGACAUACGCCGAUCUGUAAGGGAUUUCCUAUAGGGAGCAAUAGGGAUGUUGAAGGAGGAAAAGUAAGAGUGCCCUUUUUAGCUCAUGUUUUCUAAUUUUGGCUUGCUGCUCGGCCUCUGCAUCCAGUUAACGUCCCUGGCUCCGGUGUUGUGUCUGCAGUAGGAAUGGUGCUACAGGGUCCUGGGGGGGAGAAACUAGUUAAUGGCUGAAAAUCACCUUGAGACAGGCGCAUGGGGACGUCAGCUUGGGGGAGACCCCCUCGUACUGCAUUUUGGUGAUGCUUCUCGGGACGCGGACCCCACUUAUGUGGCUUCGGGUAGGCACAGAUGGUGGUAGCAUAUUUCCUUCUCCAUGCUGAAACCUGGUUCACCUCAUGAUAAGAACAGGCAUCCUUCGCUUCUGUUUCCCACCUCUUGCGUUGUUCCUCAGGUGCUGGCAUGUCUGGGUUUAUUUUCUGAAACUGAGAAGCAGUGUGAAGAGGAGGGUGAGAGCCAGAACAGCCGUCUCCCCUCCUCCCACAGCACAGUUACGGUCCGAGUGAGAGAUGGGGACGUGUCCCUGUGCCUUAUGCAGAGCCGUGGGCAGCCAGCCCAGCCCUGGCUCUGGGGCCCCCCAAGAUCUGGCGGGAUGACUUCCUACACCCAGCAAAUCAGUUCUUCUCAUGUGUCUUGCCUGUCAGUCUCCCUCAUCCCCCUCUUCUUCCUCCCCUGCAAAGUUCCAGUACCCCUCGGUGUAUCUGCUCUCUGUCUCGGUAUAGUGUGGCAACUGUUGGAAGCUGCAAAAGUCUUCACAAGUUGGAAAAAUCUGUUUUAUGCACAGCUCUAGUAUAAACCUCCUUCUUUAAUGACUACCUGGUAGCUUGAGACCAAACGUGAUUUUCGUGAAACUGAAACCAAACCCACCGUUUUCCUUCCCUUCCCUCCACACACUCCUUGCCCCUUGUUAAAUUGUGCCUUCAUCUUCAGGCCAUGCUGCUAUGGUCCUGGCCGGCUUGCCGGGCCCCGGGGAGGGUGCUCCUUUGAGAGCAUGCUUGUGGUGCCACAAACGUGGGGGGCUGUGGAGGAUGCCCCCCCUGCGCUGCUCAGUGCGAUGUGGUCUGCUGGAGAUCCCAUCACUGCUCCGGUGUGAGGCGUUAAUACGUGAUGGACAGGGUUCUGGCAGACGUGGAAAGCAUAUCUGCUUAUCUGGUGUCUUCUACAGCAGGUUUUCUGUGCAAGUAAAGAAUUUAUAUCUCUUGAAUAUAUAUAUAUUUUGUUGUUUGUAACUCCUUUUUAUGCCUCUGGUUGCUAUUGUACUUAUUAAAGAACUAAUGCUUCAUCUGCCAAGGACCACCUGCUCCUCUCUUCCCCACGGGCACCACACACACGGACCCUCCACCCGCUCUGCCUGCGGAGAGGGGCUCCUCCCUGCCGUGCCACCACAGGAGGUGGCCUUGUGGGGACCCCGUGCUGCUGCGGCGUGCCGGGAUGCCGUGGGUGGCAGGGGCCAGGGCAGCCUGACCACUUUUUGUGGCCCAACAGCCACUUGGGUGCUCCUCCAGGGGCUCCCCAAAUCUUUGAAACGCAAGGGAGUGGUUAAAACCUUUUUUUCACCUUUUCCCUCCUCCCUUUUUUCCCUCCUCCCUUUUUUUGGGCUGGCACAUAACCAGGUGUAGUCACCGUUUCUUUUUUCCACUCUACAGCCCUAAUGCUUGAGCAUUUGCCUUUUAAAUAAACAAAUAAA